CUCCGCCUUCAGCUGGGAGCCCGCCUUUGCUGGCCUUCUCCUUUGUGGUGGGCUCUGUGGCUCCAGGACUGACUCAGUAGGCAUCAUGGCUGCUCAGAAAGACCUCUGUGAUGCCAUUGUGAUUGGGGCAGGCAUCCAGGGCUGCUUCACUGCAUACCACCUGGCCAAACACGGGAAGAGGGUCCUCCUGCUGGAGCAGUUCUUCCUGCCACACUCCCGAGGAAGCUCCCAUGGGCAGAGUCGGAUAAUCCGAAAGGCGUACCUUGAAGACUUUUACACCCAGAUGAUGGAUGAAUGCUACCAGAUAUGGGCCCAGCUGGAGCAUGAGGCUGGAACCCAAUUACACAGGCAGACUGGACUACUGCUGCUGGGAAUGAAGGAGAAUCCAGAAUUAAAGAUGUUCCAGGCUACUUUGUCUAGGCAGGGGGUGGAACACCAGUGUCUUCCCUCUGAGGAACUGAAGCAACGUUUCCCCAAUAUUCGGAUGGCCAGGGGAGAAGUAGGGCUCUUGGACAAGUCGGGAGGAGUGCUCUAUGCAGACAAGGCCCUCAGAGCCCUCCAGGAUGCAAUUCGACAACUAGGUGGCAUAGUGUGUGAUGGAGAGAAGGUGAUGGAGAUAAAACCAGGGCUCCCAGUCACCGUGAGAACCACCUCCAAGAGGUACCAAGCCAAGAGCUUGAUCAUCACAGCAGGUCCUUGGACCAAUCAGCUCCUCCGACCCCUGGGACUUGAGCUGCCUCUCCAGACCCUGCGGAUCAGUGUGUGCUACUGGCGAGAGAAGGUUCCCGGAAGCUAUAGUGUGUCCCAGGGCUUUCCAUGCUUCCUGGGCCUUGGCCUCAACCUGGCCCCCCACCACAUCUAUGGGCUGCCCUCCGGAGAGUACCCAGGGCUGGUGAAGGUCUGCUAUCACUACGGCAACAAGGCAGAUCCAGAGGAGCGGGACUGCCCCACGGCAUUCUCGGACAUCCAAGACGUCCAAAUCCUGAGUCACUUUGUCAGAGCUUACUUACCUGACCUGGAGCCCGAGCCUGCCAUUAUGGAGCGCUGCAUGUACACGAACACCCCUGAUGAGCACUUCAUUCUUGAUCGACAUCCAAAGCAUGACAACAUUGUCAUCGGUGCUGGAUUCUCUGGGCAUGGAUUCAAGCUGGCCCCUGUCGUGGGGAAGAUCCUGUAUGAAUUAAGCAUGAAAUUAACGCCAUCCUAUGACUUGACACCUUUUCGAAUUAGCCGCUUCCCAGGCCUGGGCAAAGCCCACCUUUGACCCCUGGCCGGCAGCCUCCCUUCUGUGCACAGGAGCUGGGAGUAAAGCCACCUGCUGGGAAAGGCCUCUCAGAUGAAGGAAGUGGCUGGGAGAUGUCAUCCUUUUCUCCUGCCUCUCUUGAGUCCCUUGUAAACACCAGAUGACUGUAUCUACCUUCUUCCCCUGGCCAGCUCCCCAUCCCCACUAUGUUUUUUCUUCUGGAAGGUCAAUCAGAUAUUCUCUAAUCACAGAGUGAUAAGGACCUUUGAGACAGAUGUCUCAAUAAGGAGAGGGCACAGGGACUAGCUCAGGAGACCACAGCAGUUGUUAAAAAUCUCUUUGCUAGGACAUUUGAUAAACUUGGGAUGAGUUUGACUCAAGCUGCCCAGGGGAGGAUAAACAAGAUGAUUUGUGGAUCACUACCACCCUUAAAGUUCCUUUUCCUGAAACUAGAGCCACCCUUCACCACAAACUCCCACAAAAUCUGGCUCAUCUUGGGGGCACAAUAAAUGGUUGUUGAAAAAAAAUGUG